CCCAUGUUAACCUUCUCCUUCUCUUUCCCUUCCCGUUUCUGAUCCGAGAACCUCUAAACUUCGAAACUACGUCGUUUCAAAACUCGAUCACAGGAAAAACCCUCUCUGUCUCUCUCUCUCUCUCUCUCUUUGCUUUCGAUAGCUUUAAUUGAUUUUCCUUUGCUUUCAAUACACUUUCUCUCACCGAAAAACCCUCCCAAUUUUUUUUCUUCAUUCUAGGGUUUCCCACGUACCAUUUGAUCGCAGGCAAGUCAAUCUCCGCUAAGGCUAUCACAAUUCUCUUUUUCGAUAUCUUGUAAGGGUGUUUGGUUCCUGAGAAAAUGGAAUGGUUGUUAUUAAGAACGAGAAAUUUGAAAAAAGGGAUUUGCAUUUAGAACUCAGUGUACAUAUAACAUAUGUGUGUAUGUGUAUACAUAUAUACUAGAUGAGCGAAGUUAUUAGACGAAGUGUGUACAGUAAUUAGAAGGUGAUAACAAAAGAUAGUUUAUUUUCUGAUCAUAUCUAAGGAAAAGGGAAACAAUCCAAACCAAACUAGUGAGUAUAUAAGAAAGUGGAUUGCUAACUUGUUGGAAUGAAAAAGAAAAGCUUUGUAAUGUGUUUAAUAUUAUUCAAUUGAAUACUCCUCCUAGUUUAUCCAUUUACUGAAAGAUAAUAUUCUUUGCUUUUAUCGAGGAUGAAAUCUUUAAUUUUUAUUUUAAUAUUUCCAGGUUGCCUGAAGUUUGUUUGAAUGACCUUGCAACGACAAUUGGAAUAUGACAUCAAGUACAUUGUCUGGAGAUCGAAGAUGGCCCUCUUCGGCCAAAAGAGGUGGCUUGACUGUUCUGGGGAAAGUUGUCGUUCCAAAACCUAUUAACUUACCCAGUCAAAGGUCAGAAAAUAAUGGGUCGGAUCCCAAAGUUGAAAUUGUACCCAAGGGUACCCUUGGUUGGGGCAGCAAAUCCUCUUCUCCAUGGGGUUCUUCAUCACUUUCUCAUAAUACUGAUGGUGGUGGCGGCUCACCAAGUCAUCUAAGUGGCCGCCCUUCUUCUGGAAGUGGCACUCGCCCAUCUACUGCAAGCAGUGAUAGAGCUCAUGAACCUACAACUAAUGUAUGUGGUCCAAAUUCUCGGCCAUCGUCCGCUUCUGGGGCAUUGACAUCAAACCAGACAUCACUGGUAGCAUUGCGUCCCCAUAGUGCAGAAACAAGGCCUGGUAGUUCACAGCUUUCUCGGUUUGCUGAAUACUCUGAACAAGUGGCAUGGAAUGCUGCUGGGACUGCAGAAAACUUGCAGGGAGUGACACCAUCCAAGAAUGAUGGAUUUUCUCUUACUUCUAGAGACUUUCCAACACUUGGUUCAGCAAAAGAAAACUCUGAUCAGAGUUCUCGUAGCCGUCCUGGCUCAUCCUCUAGUGGAUUGGGAACAACUAAAGAGAGGAUUGAAACAUCUGGAGCUAGCAAUAUUUCUACCAGCGACAAUGUAAAAAAUAGCACAGUGAAUUCUUGGAAAAGAGACAGUCCACCAAACUUUGAAGAUGGAGGUAGACCUGGUAAGGAAAAGUGGCAGGGGAAUCCCCAAACUUACCCUACCUUUCCACAACAUUAUGAUGGUUGGUGUGGUCCUCCAUUAAAUAGUCCUCAAGGGGGUGUUUGGUUUAGGGGACCUCUGGGAGGUCCAUAUGGAAACCUGGCUGCUCCCGCUGGUUAUCCAAUGGAACCCUUUCCAUAUUAUUGUCCACAGAUUCCCACUGCUUGUCUUCCAAACCCACAUCCAGUUCCCCCACUUGGAGUUGGCCCAAGAGGUCCACAUCCUAAAAAUGGGGAUAUGUACAGACCUCAUAUGCCAGAUGCUUUCAUGGGCCCAGGUAUGCGUAUCCGGCCUGAUUUUUAUCCUGGUCCAUUAGCCUACGAGGGUUACUAUGGUCCUCCUACAGGAUACUGCAGUUUAAAUGAACGAGAUGUUCCUUUUAUGGGAAUGGCAGCUGGUCCUUCCAUUUAUAAUGUGUACUCGGGUCAACGUGCUAUUGAUCCUGGCAAUUCCCAGGGAAGGUCCAGCGAAUAUGGUUCUACCAACCAGACACAGAUAGGAGAACAAGUGGAAUCUAUUCAUCCUAAGGAUAAUCAAGGACCAUACAAGGUUCUUCUGAAGCAGCAUGAUAGUGAUGAUAGAAAAACUGAGGAACAUAGAAGCAAGAGUGUUGUAGCCACUGAUGCAUCAAGGGAAGACCAGCCAAGAACAUUUUGGGAAGAUGAUUGGAGAUCAUAUAAAAAGGAUGAGGGGAGUGAUUUAAGGAAAGCUCCCGUUGAAGAAGCUUCAUUUCAGAAUUCUGACAACAAAGGUGCUCCUUUAGUCCUUGCCAAAGUGAAAUCCCCUAGAAUUGGGGGGAACAUGAAAGCCAUCAUUGACAUUUCAGGGAAGAAAUUGGAAAGUGAGUCCAUUGGUUUGUUAAAGGUUCCACAACCACUCAUUGCUGCCCCAAAAGAUUCCAGUCUGAUUCAGAAGAUAGAAAGAUUAAAUGCAAAAGCACGUGCUUCUGAUGGACGUAAUGAAGCCAUUAAUGCUUCCAGUGGGGAAGAUCGAAAAAAUAAAUUUCAAGCCAAUGCAAAAGUUAUGCAGAAUAGGAAUGAAUCUAGCGUCGGGUCCUCAUAUCUUGAGACUUGUACAACUGAAAUUAGCAACUCUGACACCCAACAAGUUGUCAUGUCAGUUGGAGAUAAGAACCUUGAUUCAAGAGCUGGCACCGAGACAAACAUCACAAGGAGAUCUACACAUUCCUCACAAUCCAGAGAUGAUCAUUAUGGUAGAGGAAGAAUUAUUACCCAGGAGGUUGAAGGCUGGCAAAAGGAGCCUUCAAUUUCUGAAUCUGCUGCUGUUGUAUCCACUGUGUAUUUGGAAACUUCUAAUAUUCAUGUGCAGGAUCACCACAAUGGAUUUUCUGAAAAUUCAGGUUCAGUGUCCCUUUCUCAUGGCAAAUUUGAGGGACGAUCUGUGCUGCCAAUGUUUGAUCGAAGUGAUAACCAAUCCCAGCGUGCUAAGAUGAAGGAGUUGGUUAAGCAAAAAGCCAAGCAACUACAGGAGGAAGAGGAGGAGCGGAAUAAGAAGCAGAUAGCCAGGGCUUUUGCAAAGUUAGAAGAAUUGAACAGGCGGACACAAGCCAUUGAAGUGUCAACUCAAAAGCUGGAAAAUCCUUCAAGUGGUACUGUUCAGAAUAAGCAAGAAGAAUCUCAGCCAUCGGGUGAAUCCUCUAUAGGUGACAAGAGCUAUGGGAUGCCAAAGACAGGUUUGGGUUCUAAAUUAAAUGUAGUUGCUCAAGUUGACAAGGGCUGCACAAGUGGAGUUGAAAAUUCCUGUUUAUCACGUGGAAAACUACCUUCAGAGGCUCUAAAGAGUGUCUCUGGGGAACCUGUAAGGAUGCAUGCUCAAUCCAUGCCCUUGCAGCAAGAGAUUAAUGGUGCUAUUGCUGCUCAUAACAGUAGUGGUCCUCAAGCUCAUGAAAGUAAGGUCUCUAAACAGAAGCAUACAAGUUUUAAGCAAAAGCAAGCCACCUCCACUGAGGCCCCAAAGACUCAGGCGGAUGUAGAAGAUAAAGUUACAUCUCUUGGUGUUGUAGCCAAUGAAGUUCUCUCGAGUGGUGGGUCAACUGUCACAGUAAAAUCAAAUGCCAAUGUAGAUUCCUCUGUGCAUCCUAGAAAGAAAAAUAGUAAGAAUGGGAAGAACAAGCACAAGUUAGAAGAUGCUUCUGCAUUAUCUACUUCAUCACCAUUGGGAUCAAAAGAGAACCUUGCAAAUUUUUCUGUUGAAAGUUCUCAGCCAAAGGCAUAUGAUUUUCAGUUGAAUCCUAGUGCAGUUCAGUUGCAGACCAUUUCGAGAGAUGCAGAUCGGUCUUCAGAGCAACACCCAUCUUCACCAAGUGACGACUCUCAUGGUAGAGUAAACAGCCGAUGGAAACCUCAGCAGUCCCACAGAGUUCCAAGAAAUCCACAAGGUAAUAGACCUUUUGAAAAGUUUCACGGCAAUGAUGCUGUUGUUGUUUGGGCACCAGUUCGGUUACAGAACAAAACUGAGCUUACUGAUAAAGCAAGCCAUAAAAAUGGAGUUGAUGGUGUUGAUCCAUCUGUCAAGUCUCAUCCCCAAGUACAGAACAAUUUGAAAAAUAAGAGGGCAGAAAUGGAGAGGUAUGUUCCAAAACCUGUAGCAAAAGAAAUGGCGCAGCAUGGAGGUAAUCACCAUCCCAUGACAUCUGCAGUCGAUCAUACUAUCUUUGAUGGAUCUAUUGGUAGAGAUAAUUCUGAAAGUACUCAUAAUACUAUGAUGGUUGCUGGGAAAAUGGGCUUCUCUGCGGAGCCCCAGAAUGGGAUUAGCAGGCAUAAUAAACAAGGGAAAGCACAGGGGUCAUGGCGGCAACGAGUAUCAACAAAAUCAUCCAGCACACAAGUUUUGCAAGAUGCUCCAUCAUAUACUAUUAAUCAUGGCCAGGAAAUGCAAAAACUAAAUGCGCAUGAGCACGUGCAAAACCCUGAUGCUAUCUCAGUGCAAGAACAACAGAAGAGUACUACUGAUGAAUGGAGCGCUACUGAUGAAUGGAGCACUACUGACAACUCUGUCUCUGUUGAAUCUAUCCCAGUACCUACAGUAAAAGAUCAGGGAGUGGCAGUUAGAGGGAAGAGACAUGGUUUUAAGGGACACAAAAGCAUGUUGAAUAAUCGUGAUCUUGAUCGAAAUAAAAGCUCUAGUGCGGAGAAUGACAAAAGUUUCACUCAAUCUUCAACCUCUGAGAUGAGUCAGAUAGAGUUAUCUGUUGUUUCAAAAGAAAAUCUAGGUAUUGGGGAACAAUCAAUAUCUCAUUUGCAACCAAAAGCUCAGGCAGUUUCAACUGGUCAUCAACAGGGGAACAGACAUAAUAUUAGUCAAAAUGUUGGUGCUGAAGUUGUUUUGACUAACAAAUCACAAUCCAAUCGGCAUGAUGGGGUGUUGCCACCACCGACACAUGGCAAAGUUACUAAUGAUUCUUUACGCCAGAUUUAUCGUGAUCAGCCAGUUUCUGGAAGAAUCAAUGCUGAGGAUGCAUCACAUGUUAGGCAGCAAGAACCUAGAAGAGAGAGCAAGUCUGCUUCACUCGAGGGAAAACCCCACUUGCCAUACCAAGGUCCUGGUAAUCCAGUUGAACCUCCCCCCGGGAAUUUUGAUGCCAGGCAGGAGCAACACAUGUCAGGAUUUCGCAAAAGAGGAAACCAGAACAGCAUGUUCAACAAAUCUCAAGAAUCACGUGGAGAUUGGAAUUAUUCUGGACAAGAUAACAAGCAACAUAUCCCACCUUCACACAGGGAGAGAUCAAGGCGAAAUUCACAUUAUGAGUAUCAACCAGUUGGACCGUACAACAAUAAAUUUAGCAAUUAUGAUGGACCCAAAGAUGGUACUGAUAGUUCAGGAUCAGGUGCAAGGGCCUGGGGGAGGGGGGGCCAGAAUCAUUCAAGACGUGGUGGUGGAAAUUUUACUGCACGACAAAGUGGAGUUUGAGUAGAUGCUGGUUAGGAUUAGUACCUUUUUGGACGGCAAAGUGGAGUUUGCAGUGACUUGUUAUGGUUAGUGGAUCAUACAAAGGAAAAUCUCUACUCUCAAUGCACAUUGGGAAUAAAAUCAAAUUUCCAGGGUGGUGGAGCAGUCUGCUGAUCAGCAGUAACAAAGCGGACUAUAUUCCAAGUGGUUUGGAGUUUGGGGUAUUUGGAUGUGGAAUUUUUUUAUUUAUUUUUAAAUAGAUUUAUCUUGAACGAACAUUGUGGUUGGUCGCGGUUUCCUGUGGACCCCUUGUAGUUAGUGACACUUUAUUCCUUUGUUUUAAAAUGUAAAAACCCUGUAGAGGGAAUGAAUUAGAGAAGUUUUCUGGUUCUCAAUCUGAUUGCUGCUCACGGUGGAUGUGUAGAACCUAAACCGUUGUAUUUGCAUUUCUUCCACUCCCUUUCUCUGCUGAGUCUAAAAAUCCUGUAAAAGGACAUAUAGUGUAUAUCUGGUUUGUUAAUUCCUCUUACUUGUAAUGAACUUUGGAAGCAUUGGGAGUUGGCUCCUUUAGCUUUUCCAUUCUGUUCAACUUUUUUUUUUUAUUUAAUUUUUUAUAGGUGGAA